CCCAUCACUAUUACAGUAUAACAGAAACAAGCAGUUUGUUGUUGUGAUUGUUAACCUCAAAUGUUGACCUGAUAAAAAAGUCAAUUACAGUUUGUAAUUAAUAAUGUAUCUUUGGAUUGCUUCAUUCGCCAUUGCAAUACAUAAUUAGACCGAAUAUACGGAUUUCGUUAGUGCUUAGUUUUCUAAUACGUAUCCGAUGUUGAUUGACUAGUAUGUCUAACCUUACACUUGCAAGAAGUUUGUGAUUUAUGGUUUUGUGUUAAGAAUUUAUACAUUUUUCUCAUAUCUUAAGCGACAAAUGGUUAUGGAUGGUGAAUCUGACGACACUGAUGUUGAGUAUGGAGAAAUCAGUGAACCUGAUGAAGAUCCAUAUAUUUAUUACACUGCUCCUCAAUGGUCUAUAACAAAAACAGGCAUGAGGUCAAUCGAAUUCACGAGAACUGACACAUUAUAGUGUCCGUACCAGAUUAGUGCGUUAGGUGUGGAAGAGAAAUCUUUAAAGGAUGUACUUCAACUGGAUUUUCAAGAUAGACUCUCCUUGUUUUGGAUUAAUGGCACUAAAUUUUCCUGUGGACACAAAAUAGCACAAGAAACAUAUCUUAUCAAUUGUGUAUCUUGCCUUAAUAGUUUACAUAAAUGAAUAAGUUGUUAUAUACAUUUCAAAAGUAGAUGUUGCAAUUGGAACUCAAAAGUACUUGUUUAUUGUUUAAUUAAUAAAAACUGAAAUCAGUAACACUUCAGUUAUAUCAAAUGUUUGUUAAAUUCUUGACAUGGUUUAUACAUACUAUUAAUUUGAUAUGUAAUAUGAAUCUGCAAGUGAUGUAAUACCACUAUAUGAAACCAUUAGAAAGUCAGCCAUGAAAAGCGUUGUGGAACUUUUGAAGAGAAGUGUUGUAAAUCCUGACUCUACAGAUCAGGAGCUCAACACAUCGUUGCAUUUAGCUGUGAUGAUAGGUGAUACUAUAAUAGUGAAAAAUGUGUUGGGUUUGGGAGCCUCAGUCAAUUUUGUAAACAUUGACAGAGAAACACCCUUGCAUAAGGCUGCAAUGGGAACAAACUCGGAAAUAGUGAACAUUCUUUUAGAAAGAGGUGCAUCCACGGACAUUCAAAACAAGAAAGGAUAUUCCCCGUUUCAUAUAGCUGUAUCAAAGGGAUACAAACAAAUCUUAGACCUGAUGUUGGACGCAGGACCGAGGAUCAACUUAAGAACCAAUACAGGAGAAACGGCGCUUCAUAUUGCAGCGUCCCACCACAAUUGUAUAUUGGCGGAAAUGCUUCUGGAUAGAGGAGCCCUUGUCAACGCUCGGACCAAGAAUGGUUCCACUGCACUUCAUAUGGCAGUAAUUCUGUUGGAUUUAACCAUGACUGAACUAUUGUUGGAAAGAGGUGCAAAUGUCAACAUACCAAACUCUGAGGGACAGACUGCCCUACAUUUUGCAUCAGAACAAUGGAAUUGCAGACUUUUUAAACUGCUCUUAAAUGGAAGCGAUAGAGUGCUCAUCAACACUCAGAACAGAAAGGGGGACACUGCUUUGCACAUCGCAACCCGCAAUGCAGACUCCAUGAUCGUGGAUCUGUUGCUAGCCAGGGGAGCAAUGAUAAAUGUGAAGGACAAUGCAGGUAUGACUGCCAUUGAUUGUGCCGUGGCAAAUGGCCACACCUUUUUAGUCCAGAAACUUAUUAACAGUGGGGCGACAGUGCAUGUGGACAGUGUUAUUGUGGAUAAGAGUGAAGAUAUAUUUACAAAAAGCACAAGAAACAUCGUCAUUGAACAUAUGGUCAGGAUGGAAACAGCUCUUGAGUUUGAAAAGGUGAAUAAUUUUGAAUCCCGAUUUAAAAACUUAAAACAAGACCUUAGAAAGGCUUGUAAAGAAGAAUUACAGAUGAUUAAGAAAACAAACAUCUUAAACAACUUUGAACUCUCUGAUUUUUUUGAUAAUCCAGCUGUUUCAUACAAUUCUCCUCCUUACAAACAUUUCAGUGACUUGUUUAACUCAGUAGAAGUUUUAAAUAAGUUCCCGAACUUCGCUUUGCUUUUUAAGAUCGCACUGAUAAAUAUCAAACGAAGAUUUUCAUAUUUGAUUAGGGCACGGUAUUUUUUUCUUGUUCUGUGUAAAUUUAAAAAGUUUAAUUUUACUCUUCCCACAAUUUGUAUAAGAAAAAUUCUUAUUUGUCUUAGUGAUACAGAAUUAGAAAAUUUGAUUGUAUGCUCAGAGAAUAUCAUCAGAGAUAGCUUAAUAUUGUAGCAUUAUUAAAAAAAUGUUUUGUUAGGUUGCAGAAUUUUAUGUUUUUGUUUAUAAAUAAAUUAGGGUAAUAUUGACAAACUCGAUUGUAGUAUUAUUGGCUUUAAAUAUUUCAACAUUGAUAUCAGUAUAAAACAAUACCAGAAUAGAAUUCAGUAACCUAUAUAAACUAAAUUAAAUGACACCACUUAACUGGUGAAAAGUUUCUCGUACUCUUUGUGAAAUAUUACAUAACACUCCUAGACAGUGUUAAGAAAUUUCUACUAAAGUUAAUUAAAUUAAUCUUUUACUAAAUUAGUAAAUUAAAUUUUACCAAAUGCUGCCAUUCUAAAAAUGUCUUCUGUUUUUAUUUGUGAAGUCCUAACUUAUUCAAUUUAUGUAUCACUCAGGGUGUUUUUCCUGACUUAUUGAAGGUUAUUAAGGUAAUAUACCCAUACACAAAAGAGGAGCAAAAGAUUUAUGUGGCAAUUAUAGGCCUAUAUCUAUUGUGCCCACAGUGUCAAAAGUCUUGGAGCGACUUACAUGGUCAGCUUGUGCACUUUUUGGAAAACAAUAACUUAUUGUCAAAAAGUUAGUUUGGCUUUAGACCUAAGAAGAGCAGUGUUGGAGCUGUUCAACAAGUAAUAAUCAACUCCUAUGAAGGUAUUGAGAACCAUAAUAGUGUAGUUCUGAGAUCCUAUGAUAUGUCCAGGACAUUUUACACUGUGGACCACAGCAUCUUAGUAAAUAAGUUACCUUAUUACUUUUUCAGUAAUUCUGUUAUAAGCCUGUUAAAAUCAUAUUUAGAAAAUAGACGUCAAACCAUGUUCCUAAACGGCAACUUUUAUAGCACUCUGUAUGUACGCCAUGGAGUUCCACAAGGUUCCAUUUUGGGGCCAAUGCUUUUUGUCCUGUAUAUCAACGACCUUUGCAGAUGACUUGGGGAUGUGUAUACAAGAUAAGUGUGUAGAUAAUACCAAUGCCAUUUUAACAGACAGUUCUGAGACCAUUCUCGAUUGGUGCAGUGCCAACAAACUUAAUCUAAAAUCUCAAAAAACACAAGAUCAUUUUAAAUUAGGCCUAGUUCUAUUAAACAAAAUAUUCACCAUUUUGACAAUGUCUUACAAACUGACCAAAGACUUUAUUCUUGAAUAUAGUAAAUAAUAACAUGUAUUUAAAGGGUUGAUGCAUUUUUAAAAUGUAUUUGUGUUUAAUAAUUAUACGUUAGUAUGGAUUGUUGUUAUCCUUUAACUGAUGACAUUGUUAUACACUUUGUGUUCUGACAAUAAAUGAUUGAUUGAUUGACUUACCAGUAAAAUUUAAAAUUUUCUUCUUUUUUGCACUGUCAUAAAGCAUUGUUAAACCCAUCAUCUUUGUCUCAGAACUUGAUGAUUGCAUGAGGAAACCAGCUUUGCUAACAAACCAACCUACCGUGCCAACUUUGUAGCAGCAGCAUUGGGAAUACAGCAAAUUAUUGGCAGUUUAAAUUUUAACCUUUUAUUGUCCAAAAUCAGGGUCGUACCCAGGAAUUCAUUUUUGUAAUGGUAGAUAAUCCAAGGAUCAAGAGCAUUUAAUUGUAUUCUUACUUUUUUAUAAUAAGCAUUCAAAGUAUUUAUAAUAUUUGACAUUUUUCAUCUGAAUAGCAUAUUCAAAGAAUAAUAAACUAUAAUAAUGAACUUUUCGUUGAUCUAUAAUGACGUUAAUUAGAAAAUCCAAAUUUUAUAUUUUAUAACUUUACAAAAAUAGUUUUCUUUGCAAACAGUUUGUGGUAUUCAAUUAGAUAAGAUUCAUUAAAAUUUAUUAAUGCUGUUAUACAAAAAGUGUUUAAAUAAGCACAAGUAAACACAGGAGUGAAAUAAUGAAAAUUAGUAACAAUUUAUUUUAUGCACGUCACCCUUAAGCACUAACAAAUAUUCUGCCAAAUGGGAAGCUGAAAGUCCAAUGCCAAAAUGCGUUAGAUCGAAACGUAAUGUGUUCUGUUCUAUAAAAUAGUAUAUAUUUUACGAAACAUAUAUCAUACUUGUAAGAAAUCAGUCACGCAUAUGUAUACCCAUUCUACCAAUGUAUACUUGAAGAUUACACAAUUCUUAGUGUCGGAAGUAACAAUGAGAUUUUCUGAAUUUUGCAAUAAAGUUUCAGUCAGUUGGUGAGAUAAGGUUAUAGUGAACCUGAUUAUUCCCAUGUAUACCAUUAGGGGUUGUUAGUGCAGACAAUGUACGUUUAAAUACCAUGGAACUGGUGAGGCGUAGUAGGUCUAUUUCUAAAGCAUAAAUUGAGUCUGGCUUAGGGCUACUAGGAUUAAUUUGGUUUUAUUAAAAAUUAAUGACAACACUUGAUAGGAAUAUUUUAUAAUAUUGCCAAUGAAAUAUGAUAAGUUUGUGACAGAUAUAUGAUAUUUUUUAAUACAAUUACCGUAUCAUAUUUAAAAUAUGCAAUUCAUUAAUGUAUUUUUGCUAGAAUGAAAAAAUUGUCAAAUGUUAAUAUCAGUAUAUUGAUUCAUUCAUUUAGGUAGAAAAUGUACAAAUUUUUUAACAAAUACAGUUAAUUUAAAUUAUGAACUUAGUUUUAAAAUGUAUUGUGCAAAUAGUUAAUUUAACUAAGUGAUAGAUUAUCUGUAAAUUAAGUAAUUGAAAUAUUGAUUUUUUACACAUUAAAAAUAGUUAAACUUUGAGAACUCAAAUGUAGCAAUUUAAUUUAGAGACUUUGUGGACCAUUUAUUAUCAAAACAUUCCUGCAUUCUAAAGACCACUGCUUAGUUUAUUUUAACUACAUGCCAUGAAACCCUUCCUAACAAGAAUAAGGAUAAGGAUUAAAGACAAUAAUUAUAAAUGUUAUAUUUAUUCAUUUGUACUGAUUUUAUGCCAAAGCAGAACUUGUGUUUUGAUAGUUAUACAACGUGAGAAAAGUAUACAGAUCUCAAAUAAUUAUGUUUGGGGCAAUUUAUAUGUUUGUAUAUUUAAAUAAAUAACUGUGAUACAUCUUAUUUCAAACUAAGAAAAAUCACAGUAGUUCCAUUAUAAGUCCAUCAAAUAAAAUUUCUGAUCGAUAAUAGUACUAUCAUCUACAAUUUUUAAAAUGUUUAUUACAGUACCUUUUAAAUUCAUAAUUAUAAAUGAAUAAAACUGUAAUAUUCUGAGGGACGAUGUUUAAUUAUUUGGAUAGCUUUCAAAUGCAGUCAUUGGGGGCAACUUUAGUUUUUUAAAUUAAAAAAAAAAAAAAACAAA